GUAAUUUUAGAGCAACUUAAACUAUACAGUCAUACAGAUAAAAAAAAGGAGUGCAUUAUGAUUGCUAUAAAUUGUCUGCAUGCACAUUGGUAUGUUACAGACAAUUUUGUUUGUUGCUUAUGCUUGCUUUGGUUUGCAGCUCAGGCAUCAUCUGGGAGCACAUGCCAAAACAGAAGUGGAAGCCUUUUAGUCAGAAGCGAAUCCUACAACUUGAACAAGCCUAUGAGAAAUACCUUACAGGGGAGAAAAGCAGAUAUAAUAAAAUUGACAAUAAUUUUGAGGUCAGUUUCAGUACUAUGGAUAUGUGUUUGCCAUCAAAGUGCAAGAUAAGGAGAAGUUUCCGAUCUGGAAUUCAUAUAGAAUUCAAGCAAUCUCCACACCAAAGAAGUUUACGAGCCCAACUAUACUGGCUUCAGGUUGAUAACCAGCUUCCUGGUUCAAUGUUCCCAGCAGUCUUUCAUCCAGUUGCACCUCCAAAAUCCAUUGCGCUGGACUCUGAACCUAAGCCUUUCAUUGAUAUUAGCAUUAUUACCAGGUUUAAUGAAUUCAGCAAAGUCAAGCAGUUUAAGUACUUUAUGGUUCUGAUCCAGUGUAUGGCUUUAAAGCUUGACCAGGGUUUCCUUGCUGCGAUCAUAGGGAUUUUCACUCCAGCCACUCCUCCUGAGGUGGAGAAGCAACGUACCAAGUUAAUUCAGAAAGAUUUAGAUUCCCUGAACAGAGAGCUGAUGGAAUCUUCUCUGACAGACAUCACCACCCUGAGCUUCUUUGAACACUUUCAUAUUUCUCCUGUGAAGUUACACCUCAGUCUCUCGUUGGGAGCAGGAGGAGAAGAAUCAAACAAGGAGGAACGUGAAAUUGUUGCCAUCAGCUCUAUCAAUCUCCUCCUCAAAAGCAUUGGAGCCACUCUCACAGAUGUCGAUGAUCUCGUUUUCAAGUUGGAUUGUUUUGAAGUGAAGUACCAGUUCUACAAGCAGGAACAACUGAGGCAUCUUGUUGUCAGGCAUUACAGCGAGCAGUUCUUGAAGCAACUGUAUGUCCUUGUCCUGGGCUUGGAUGUGUUAGGAAACCCUUUUGGCUUGAUAAGAGGGCUCUCAGAAGGUGUGGAGGCUUUUUUUUAUGAGCCCUUUCAGGGAGCAGUACAGGGCCCAGAAGAGUUUGCAGAAGGCUUUGCCAUUGGUGUGAGAAGUCUGCUUGGACACACUGUUGGGGGUGCAGCUGGAGUGGUGUCACGAAUUACAGGAUCUGUGGGAAAGGGUUUGGCAGCCAUCACCAUGGAUAAAGAAUAUCAACAGAAACGGAGGGAAGAGAUGGGUAGACAACCUAAAGACUUUGGAGAAAGUCUGGCCAAGGGAGGUAAAGGAUUAUUGCGGGGUGUUGUGGGUGGAGUGACUGGCAUAAUUACCAAGCCUGUAGAAGGAGCCAAAAAAGAAGGCGCUGCUGGGUUCUUCAAAGGAAUUGGAAAGGGUCUUGUGGGUGUUGUGGCAAGGCCUACAGGUGGAAUCAUUGACAUGGCAAGCAGCACCUUCCAGGGGAUUCAGAGUGCCAAUAUGUUUAAUAUGUGCCCUCAACUCAUCAGUGAAUUAUGA